AUGUUGAAGGAGUACAUAGUGAAGAAUGAAUCCAUGAUCCAAAGUCAAGAAACAUCCUUGAGGAACCUAGAAACUCAAGAUGGGAAACUUGCUAAUGAGCUAAGAAAUCGACCUCGAGGUGCUUUACCAAGUGACAUGGAGAAUCCAAGGAAUAUGGGUAAUGAACAUUGCAAGGCUAUGAAUUUGAGAAGUGGGAAUGGGUUGGAAAAUUCCAAGAAAUCUGCUUGGCACAAGGGUGAGCCCCCUUCAAUCCAAAAUAAUGAGAAAGUAAGCGAAGAUGCUAAAAAUUCAAGGAAAUUAGCCUCAGCCCAGAAUGUGGCUGCAUUCGAACUACCACAAAGUUCCCCAGAAAUCCAAAAGCUACUUUUUCCACAGAGAUUUGAGAAACAGAAGCAAGAGAGUCAGUUCAAAAGGUUUCUUGACAUGUUGAAGCAGCUUCAUAUCAAUAUUUCUCUUGUUGAAGCCCUAGAGAAAAUGCCCAAUUAUGUGAAGUUCAUGGAAGCCAUUAUUACUAAGAAGAUACAGUUGGGAGAGUAUAAGACUAUGGCCCUUACUAAGGAAUUUGAGGAGUGUUCAGUUGUUUCAGUGGUGGACUCUUUAGCAUUGAAAGAGUUAGAAAACAAUUGUCUUGAUGAUCAUUUAGAGAGGAUUUUGUUAUUUUAUUCACAAGAGAAUGAUGAGUAUGAGUACAUGGCUUGGCUAGAAGCUAGUUCACAUGCCCCAAGACCUUCAUUUGAGGAACCACCAGAGUUGGAGAUGAAUGUUCUACCUUCCCACAUGAGAUAUGCUUAUUUGGGUGAGUCUUCUUCAUUGCAUGUCAUUGUUUCACCUGAGUUGACUAGAGAUCAAGAAGACAGGUUGCUUGAGUUAUUGAGAAAGUUCAAGAAGGCCAUUGGGCGGACAAUUGCAGACAUUAUGGGUAUUAGUCCCUCUCUAUGCAUGCACAAGAUUUUGUUGGAAGAUAGUGAGAAAGGAUCAAUUGACGGGCAGAGAAGACUCAAUCCUAUGAUGAAAGAGGUGGUGAAAAAGGAAAUCAUUAAGUCGCUUGACGCUGGUAUUAUUUGUCCCAUUUCUGAUAGCUCAUGGGUUAGUCCUGUUCAGUGUGUACCCAAGAAAGGUGGAAUCACAGUGGUGAAGAAUGAAGACAAUGAAUUGAUUCCUACUAGAACUGUGACAGGGUGGAGAAUAUGCAUGGAUUACAGGAAAUUGAACGAGGCCACUAGGAAAGAUCAUUUUCCUCUUCCUUUCAUUGAUCAGAUGUUGGAUACACUUGCAAGGAGAGAUUAUUAUUGCUUUCUAGAUGGAUAUUCUAGUUAUAAUCAUAUUGCAGUGGCUCCAGAGGAUCAACACAAGGCUACUUUCACUUGCCACUAUGUAUCAAAGCAAGGUAUUGAAGUUGAUAGAGCCAAGAUUGAGGUUAUUGAAAAGCUCCCAUCUCCCAACUCAGUGAAGAAUAUUAAAAGCCUUCUGGGUCAUGCGGGGUUCUAUAGGUGGUUCAUAAAAGAUUUCUCCAAGGUCGCUAUGCAUCUUUACAACUUAUUGGAGAAGGAUACACCAUUCCAUUUUGAUGAAGCAUGUUUGAAAGCCUUUGAAGAGUUGAAAAGUCAAUUGGUUUCUACACCAAUUAUUGUGGCUCUAGAUUGGGACUUGCCUUUUGAAUUGAUGUGUGAAGCAAGUUAUUUUUCUAUGGGCGCGGUGAUGGGGCAGCGAAGAAACAAGGUUUUUCACUCCAUUUACAAUGCUAGCCAUACUUUGACAGGUGCUCAACUUAACUAUACAGUGACAGAAAAAGAACUCUUGGCUAUUGUCUUUGCUUUUGACAAGUCUCGACUUUAUUUAGUGGGCACCAAGAUGAUAGUCUAUACAGAUCAUUCGGUCAUCAAAUACUUGGUUGAAAAGAAGGAUGCUAAGCCUUAG